UUUUUUUUAGAGAUAUUCAUAAAUAGAUUACCAGCGCUUGAAUCUGUGAACACUGGUUAAGUAUGAGAGGUCAUAGACAUCGGCCAUACAAUCCGGCCGACUCUAGUCAUAGUAGACGAUCAGCAGCCGCUGGUCGUGGUCAGGACAGCCGAUCAGCACCGGAACAACAACAACAACAAAAGGAACAGCAAUUAUCAGUACCGGUAGAUGAACCACAACAGGAACUGCAGUCAAUGGAUGACUUUCUUAAUGAAUGGUUUGAAUUACUGCCAGAAUUGCCUUCACCACCACCGCCAUCAUCACCACCACCACCAUCACCAAAGUCAUUACAAUGGUACCAACAUUGGGAACAACCACUACAACCACAACAACUACCAACAACACCACGACCGGCGCCAGCAGCGACAUACACACAGUUAUCGGUUAGACAACCGCAUCCAUUUGUGGCACCGGAAGAAAUACCGGAAUUGCCAUCAUUUGGAUUUUAUCACGACUAUAAAUCAGCAAACAAAACACCGUCACCACCACUGCUACCACUGUCACUACCAUCAUUGCCAUCAUUAUUUCAGGACAAACGACAACAGUUACCAGCACCGUCAUCACCGGUAUCAUCGACUAAGACACUGGUAGCACACAAAGGAUGGGAAAAUUCGUCGUUUUCAUCGGACAAAUCAUCAACAAUGAAACCAAUUGGAUGGCCAAAUGAACAAUUGGAUGAAGAGGAGAAAAGACCGCCGACACCGUACACUUAUGUUAAGCAACAGUUUCCCGAUUGGCAAACAGUUGGCCAAAAAUUUAGAGAACUAAUACCGAUCGGACAGUCGAUGCUGGACGAAGAAAUAUUAAUGGCCCAAAGUUUAGGUAUCGAAAUUGAUCACUGUAUAGGUUUGGGUGGAUACGGUGCUGUAUAUCAGUGUCGGCUAACAAAACCAUUGGACGGUAUGUCGACGGUUCCCACUGAAAUGUUGGCCGUAAAAAUUUUAUCCCUAGACGAUUACAAUAUAAAUAAUCGUACCCCGUACCAAGCAUUGAAGGCAAUGGUAGCCGAGUAUCGGCUACACAAACAGCUAACUCACCCGAACAUUGUAGCCACAAUCGCUAGUGUCGUCAUCAACGAUCCCAGUACACUGUUUCCCUGUAUACGGCACCUACACAUUAUGGAACUGUGCGAUGACAAUCUCUACCAUCUGCUCCAACAAAUGGGCCAACUGAGCGAAAACCAUGCCCGUCAAUGGUUUCGCCAGAUAGUUCACGGACUUCAUUAUCUACACUCAAUGGGUAUCUGUCAUAUGGACAUCAAGGGCGGCAACAUUGUCUAUAAAGGCCAGGAUCCGGAUCAGGCUGUUUAUAAACUGACUGACUAUGGUAUGUCUGGUUAUAUGCAUGAGAUAACUGGAUUUUCGGCAACACCACGCUAUAUGGCGCCAGAACUUACUGAUCAAUCGCAAACAGUGCAAACUAGACCGUGCGAUAUCUGGUCGCUUGGUAUAACUUUAUGCGAAACGUUGAGCGGUAUUGGCCUUCACGAUACGGUUAUCGAUCAAAUCAGACAGAUUGACAAUCCUGGCCAGUUUACCGCAUACUACAUAAACGGUUUGUUACCCGGGUCAAUUAAUUCAUACAGGUUUGUCCAUAUGAUUAACAGUAUGUUGUCCAUAGAUCCAGCAGCCAGAUCUACCUGCGAGGGUCUAAUCAAUUGUGAUUGGUUUCGGUUAUGAUGAUUAUAUUGGCAACAACUACCCUACCACUACUACCACUACCACCAACACCACCACUAACACCUUAAAAAAUAAA